CUGGUGAAGAAGAAAAUGAUCUGCUCUGUGAUUGUUUUGCUUUGGCUCUUGCCUGGCAUGUCUUCGGAGGAAAUUCCAUCUCCUGAAGUUUCCAGAGAUUAUCAAUCAUCUACAGAUCCAAAGCAAUGCGCCAUUUUGUGUUUAGUGCCGACUGUGACGCAGGCAAAUCUCUUGUGGAUUAAUGGAAGUGUUUUAUACUCCAGCCUCAUGAUCACUGAUCUCAAUACCAAACUUUAUCUAGUGGUGGAUUAUCAGGAUAAAAACAACUACAGCUGUGUGGUGUCCAGUUCAGGCGUGAAUCAGACGGCACAUCUCAACAUUUCCCGCAUCUGUCAGCAAUGCAGAGAUGAAAACUUAACAGUAUCAACGAGUGAAGGCGAUUCUGUAGCUUUACCAACUAACCUUACUCAAGUGGAAUACGAGGAUCUCAUACAGUGGUUGUACCUGAAUGGAAAAGACGAUAUCAUUGCUGAUCUUUAUGAAAACAACAGCAAUGUAGAAUAUGAUGGUAGAUUCAAAGACAGACUACAGCUGGACAAUAAAACUGGAUCUCUCACCAUCACCAACAUCAGUAAAAUACACUCUGGACUCUACAAACUAAAGAUCACUAAUGCACCUCUUAUCAAAUGCCUGACGAAGAUCUAUUUUGUUAAUGUCUACGAUUCUCUGCCCAAGCCUGUCAUCACCAAAAACUCAACACGAUGUUCUUCAUCAUCAAAAUGUGUCGUGAUGUGUUCAGUGAAUGUGACGGGUGGGACUCUCUCCUGGUAUAAUGGAAGCAGAUUAAACUCCAGCAUCAGUGUGACUGAUCGCAAAAGAAGCAACUUUCUGUAUCUGGAGGUGGAAUAUCAGGAUACAAACACAUACAGCUGUGUGGUGAACAACUCAUUCACCAACAUAACUACACAACUUCACAUCAGUGUAUUAUGUAAAGAUAACAGCCAGAAAAUAACAAUUAUAGUUAUUGGUGUUUUGGUUCUUGUGGCGGGUAUAAUUGCUUUUUUAAUAUGGAGGAGCAGACGAAGUCAAGACGGUGCCAGUGGAAGUCAAGGUCAGGCCAACGCUGCUCCUGCACAAAUCGCCGGGGCAUCUGGACAUCAUCCAUUAGACAACACUUCUAAUACAGGGGCACCUCUGAUUGGUCAAGCCUCAUCUUCGCAAUCGCAGGAAACUACCCCCUUAAUCCACACUGCUGCAAAUAAUAUUGAACAAUGAGCUAACAUACACCACAAAUCAUAUAGAAUCCUGAAGUUUCUGAUAAUGAGUCACAUCUCAUUGGUUGUUGUGUCUCAAGUCAUGAUAUGCAUCAUGACGAGACACAGAUAUGAUGACUAGUCAUGAGACAUGUGAGAACCAACGAGAUUCAGCAUGUCGCCAUUUUUAAACAGACCUUGCUGGGCUUUACAUGGAUUACUUUUAUGAUGAAUGGAUUCAAAAACUAUUCAAUGGCAUUACAAAGCUGGGAAAAUAUUUUCUUUAAAUGGUUUCUCUAAUUCUACCAAUUCUGCAAUUUAUUUUAAUAUUUCAAGUAAAUUCAUGUAUAAUGUUACGAACAACAAUUUUGCUUUAACUCAAUGUUGAUGAAUUUCAGUUUGUCAAAGAAUCACCUUGCAUCGAUGAAGCUAUAAAGAUUCAUUGACCUCAAAUGUACAGAACAGAUAAAUGAUCUUUUAAGGCUCUAAAUCUGUGAGCAUUACAUUUCUAAAUUAAUAUUUAGGAUUUUUGUCACACCUAAAGCAAUGUUCAUGUUCUCAUCUCUGAACAAUACACUAAUGAGAUCAU